CGCAAAAGUGGAUGGGAUCUGCAAACCAAUCCAGGCCUAUAAGUCUCGGUGCUCUAAGGGAAUAAGGGAUACAUUUUUCAGUGAGUACUUCAACACUCAAGGGUCGCUCUCAGCACAUACACGUCGAAAAUGGGUACUUUAGUCAUUGGCGCCGGUGAGCUGGGCAUGGCAAUAUUACAAGCGAUAUCGCUGCACCCCCAUCACGACAGCAAAAAGCUCGCUGUCCUUCUUCGGACGGAGGCGAUCACCUCUCAUGACACCUCGAGGAAAGAGAAUGUCCGAAAAAUCAAGUCUAUGGGAGUGGAAAUCGAAGUCGGCGAUGUUGUUAGCUACUCGCUCGAGGAGCUUGCCGAGAUAUUCAGUGGCUAUGAUACGAUUAUCUGCUGCUCUGGCAUGGGGUUACCUUCCGGGACUCAAAUCAAGCUGUGCGGAGCGGUCGUUCGCGCCCGAACGCCGAGAUAUAUCCCGUGGCAAUUUGGUCUCGAUUACGACCGCAUCGGAUACGGCAGCUCGCAGGACUUGUUCGAUGAGCAACUCCAUGUCCGGGAGGCGCUUCGUGCUCAGACAACAACGACCUGGACCAUCGUAUCGGCGGGACUGUUCAUGAGCUUUCUCUUUCUUCCGGAAUUUGGCAUCGUUGACCUCGAGAAUGGCGUGGUCCAUGCUCUUGGCUCUUGGGAGAACCGUGUUACCGUCACCGGCCCCAAAGAUAUUGCCACCAUGACCGCAGAAGUGGUCUGUAAUGCGGAAGACACCGCCGACCGAGUGGUAUAUAUCGCUGGAGACACUAUCUCAUAUGGUCAGUUGGCAGAGCUUUUAGAAGCUCGAUUUCAAAAGGAAUUUGUGAAGAAGCUAUGGGACAUUCCGACUUUACAUCGCCAAUUAGCCACAGAUCCUGGCAAUGGGAUGAUUAAGUAUCGAAAUGUAUUCGCCGAUGGUCGUGGAGUUGCUUGGGAUAAAGCUGAAACACUGAAUGUCAAGCGCAGCAUUCCGCUUACGGACCUCAAUUCAUACCUUGACAAGCUUUGAGAGAUGAAUCUCAUUAGAUAAUUUCCGUAGCCAAUCUGGUCCUGAAUCUAGGUGAUCAAAGGUCUUGUCCCUGCUCUGGAUGGGAAAUAAGUUGAGCUCUCGCCUCUAGUUACUCGUCAUCUGAUGCCUUUCGCUCGCUUGACAAACAUUGAGUGACCGCCCCGAUGCGUAGUCCAGAAUAGAAUUAAGAAUUACGAUAGGUACAGUUAAUUUACUAAAAAGAAGAAGACCAUCACUACGAUUUUCCUCAUGGUUGUUUG